CAUCGAUGCUGUUUACUGUUCGUGCAGCAAUAAAUAUUCUUGACAAAGCUUGCGAACGUAACGAUUGCUUUAUCAGGUCAAAUUUUAGUAGUCUUGUAUAUAUCCGUCACGACCGAGCAAACGUUUCCUGCACCCUUUCUACCUCGCUUGGAUGGUUGAGAUUGCAUGCUUGAUGCUCCGUAUUGAUCAAAUUAUGACCUAACGUCAUAUAUAGUUCGAUGUCUCCAGUGAUGAUGGGACGGGACACACGUCGCUAAUCUCUUUGUACCAAGGAGUAUUGUGGACACCACAAGCCCGACGUGACGCACGUAAUGGACACUCAAAUCGUGACUUUACUUACAGUAUAUGGACUACCGAUGCAUCUUGAUUGGCUGGUACACGGCAGUUUUGCAGAACUUUGUGAAGCUUUUCGCUGGUGUCGAGCGAUCAACAGAACGAUACCUGGAAGCAACAUUGCAAGUGCCAGCUCUGUGCGCAAUGUUUUUGCAACAAUAUUUGAUUGAAAUUAUACAUACAGUGCUAGCAACUGUAAAAUAUAAAGAUGAGACUUUCAAGCAUUGACAAGUUGUUGACCACUUAGGGAGAUCAUCGAUUGUGGUGCUCGAGCUUGUGUUGGCUUUAAAUAUUUAUCAUUUCGUCCGUAAAAAAUAUUUUUUAGCUUAGCCGGUUCAAAAGCAUUGAAAACGUUCCGUCGAUAAAGCAAGUCCAUGUGCUUGUUAUUCGGCUGCUAAUCGCUGAGCUUUAGCGCAAUUUAUUAUGUUGGACUUGAAGCUUCUGCUUAAUAUCAGAAAGCGACGUUUUCGUUCUAUCUGUCGUUACUUUUCAAAUGUUGGAC